CACAGAGAAGGAUCCCCAGCACACGCCCUCCUCCUUCUCCUUCUGCUUCUCUUCUUCCUCGUUUUUUCUCCUCCUCUAAGCGAUGGUCUGCUUCUGCUGCGUGAGGGGUUUGCACAUCUGAACGGUUUCAAGCUUACAAGCGUGUGCGUGUGUAAAUCAGAGGUGAAAGGACUUUCCCAGAGCAUCACUGGCCUCAAACACACUCUUUGGAGCGCACACGAACACACUGACACACACACACACACAUACACACACACACACACACACAGAGUAGAGACCGUUACCUCGAUACUCAGAGCAGAAACCGUGUCAAGUGCAGAGGGGCGAGUUUGGGCCGCGAUGGAGGAGAACAUGGAAGAAGGACAGACACAGAAAGGGUGCUCUGACUGCUGUAUGAAAUGCCUGAGCGGGAUUCCCUACGCCUCUCUCAUCGCCACCGUCCUGCUUUAUGCCGGUGUGGCACUCUUCUGCGGCUGUGGGCAUGAAGCUCUCUCUGGCACCGUCACCAUUUUGCAGAACUAUUUUGAAGUGGUCCAGUCAUCACCUGAGACCCUGGACGUGUUUACCAUGAUUGAUAUCUUGAAGUACGUGAUCAUCGGUGUGGCUGCAGCCUUCUUGGUCUACGGGAUCCUGCUGAUGGUGGAGGGCUUCUUCACCACCGGGGCAAUCCGUGAUCUCUAUGGAGAUUUUAAGAUCACGACGUGUGGCCGCUGCGUGAGCGCCUGGUUCAUCAUGUUGACCUAUAUCUUCAUGCUGGCCUGGCUGGGCGUGACGGCCUUCACCUCUCUCCCAGUCUUCAUGUACUUCAACAUCUGGAACACCUGCCAGAACAUGACACUGUAUGAUGGAGCCAACUUGUGCUUUGAUCUGCGCACAUUUGGAAUUGUACCCACUUCUGAGGAAAAGAGUAUCUGCACUAGCUCCAGCAAGUUUAAAGACAUGUGCGAUUCUGAGCUGGACCUGACGUUUCACUUGUUCGUGUGCGCUCUGGCGGGGGCAGGAGGGGCCUUCAUCGCCAUGGUGCACUACCUGAUGGUCCUGGCAGCCAACUGGGCCUACGUGAAGGACGCGUGCCGCAUGCAGAAGUAUGAAGACAUCAAGAGCAAGGAGGAGCAGGAACUACAUGAUAUUCACUCCACUCGCUCCAAAGAGCGCCUCAACGCCUACACAUAAACCACACAUAUACACACACAUACACACGCACAUAAACACGCACUUAAACACACAAUUUCAAGCAUGCCUUUUCCCUUCCUUAAACAACACAUAAACAUACACACAAACAAAGACACACACAUGCACACACACACACACCAAUGAAUUUGAUUGGUUAGAGGAUUAGUGCCAGAAUGGACAUUUUUUUUUUUUUUUGCUUCUAUAUGUUUUCAUUUUUCUUUUCUGCCUUGUCAGUUAGUUAGUUGGCUCUCAUCCAUCAGUGUUGCUAAAGAAAAAAAUAUGAGCAAAUCCACAUACGAUCUGUGAAACCAUCACAAAGCAUUCAAAUGAGUCGUUAUUCAAGUUAAAUGAAUCAGUUUCAGCUACAUGAAAACAAGCUCCACCCACUAUUAUCUUUUUAGCAUGUAAUUAACAUAUGGCACACCCUUAUUACUUAUACAUCUUUUGUAGAACUGUUAAAAUGGCUUAAUAAAUUGUGUCUACCUGGAUAAUAUACUAUGUUGAAUAUAAGUAGUAUUUCAGUUAAUUCCAUUAUGUAAACAAAAUACAAAAUUAAAUAACAAUCUAAAUUAGGGACACAUUUAUUAUUAUUUGUUAUAUUCAAUGAAUAAUAUAAUAAAAAUAACCUAAAUUCACAUUCUGUAGUUGAGGAUUAUAAUCAGUUCAAAAAUUGGGUAAAACAUUAAUAUAUAUUUUUUAAAAUAAAAUCAAAAUAUAUAAAAACGAGAGGAAUCAUCAAAUCUUACUUUUAUAUUUAUGUCCAAAUGUUAAAAUGUUUAUGCUAAGAUUUUUACACUGCUUCUUGAGAUCUAAAUUUGGAGUUUAAUAAUUGCAAAUAUUUUAAAAAUGAAUUAUUUGCACAAGUUUUUCAUCCGCUUUGCUUAUAAGCAACUUUGAUGAAUAAGAGCCAUUUGUUUCUUUAAAGACACAAAUAUCGCAAGUUAACAACAUGGCAAACUUCUUCUACUUUUUAGCUUGAAAAGUAUUUUUUGAGCUGUUAAUUAGUCUGAUUUUUUUUUUUUGUUCAGAAAUAGGAUUAUGAUAUGUCAUGUGGGAUAAGAAUGGAAAAAAUAGCCACAGUGCUAGCUACACUGGUAUUUAUACUUCUCUGGGUAUAAAUAAUACCUGGUUAACAUUUUUAACCUCUGUGGAAAAAAAACUUAAAAUAUAAAAAAGACAUAAAAAAGCUAGCUGGCUAAGAUGCUAACAUCUAGCUAUUUAUUGUCAUGUUAGCACUGUUAUUUGUUUUUUUUUAACACAAUAAACUGCCUUGUAUGCCUCAGAAAAGGUUUUAAAUGUAAAACAUGAAUAAAACACUUAAGCGCUAAACACUGGAUACUGUUUAGGUUUUUUAGAGAACUAGCAUAGCUAGCACUACGGCUGGUUUAGCAGUACAUCUCCUGAACAUCACAAUCCUUUUAGUCUGAACACAAACAACAACAAACGAAUAUCUGUUUUAAUUAAAUGUUUUUUAUGAUACUUAACCUUAUUUAAAUGUUAAUUUAGGCACAUUGGCAUACUUCAUAGAGUUUAAACUGGGCUUUGUUUUGUUGUUUUUAUGUAACAUCCAAAGCUAAAAUGUGACAAAACCUGUGAGAUUUCACAGAUUCCUUUUCCAGCAAAAUCUCAACCAUUUUUUAAAUCUUUUGAAUUAUUUUUUAUUUUACAAAAAACUAUUUGUUAAGUCUCACAUACAUACAAUAAUAAGAUGUAGAAGCUGUGACGCUGGUGCUUUAUCUCAAAACAUUUUUAAAAGCUCUAAUGUGUGUAUUUUCUCUAAAAAUGGAAAGAUUCUGAACAAAAAAAGUGCAAAAAAUACUUUUUGUUAAGAUAGUCAACUUUUCAAUUGGCGAAUUAGACAGAUUAUUUUCCAGCACAUUCUCAGAAGAUUUCAGGACCUUAAAAUAACUUUUUAUUGCUCAAGUGUAGCUUUUUAUCGUACGUAUCAAAGUAUAUUAUGAUGUUUUGUGACACUGGUGCUUUGUCUCAGGCUGUUCGUUAAGCUGUAAAGUGCAAAACCACAAAGAUGUCCAGAGAGGCUAUUUAUUAUUAUUAUUAUUAUUAUUAUUAUUAUUAUUAUUAUUAUUAUUGGGAGAGUUUUCCCUCUCUCGGGGUCACCACAUUGGAUCAUUUGAUCCACAAGUUAUUAGCACAAGUUUUUUUUUUAUCAAAUAUUAUUUUAUUAUUGUUUUAUUUUUUAUAACAUUUAGCUUUAUAAUUGGAAUGGUUGGAGCUAGCUUAAAAUGAUAAAGCUAAAAUACUAAUUAAAACAUUUGAAAUGAAAAUUAGGUGACCCAAAAAUCAUAAGCAAAUAUAUAACAACAAUAACAACAACAAUAAUAAUAAUAAUAAUAAUAAUAAUAUUAAUAAUAAUUAAAGGAUUAGUCUCUCUGAGUCAUAGAAUUGUGAAAGUCAAAUAAAAAGUAAAAGAGAUUGUCUUGCUGAUCGAGCACCUGUUUUAGAUUUGCCUUGGAGAGAUUUCGUACAUUUUUCUCUCAUCCAUCACAAGCCAUAAUCUCACUAACAUACAAACAUUUUUUUUCUGCUUAUUUUAUUUGCUUGUUUUUUAGCUUUAACUUUUUUAAAUGCUUCAAUGCGAGAUUAAAAAGAAGUCGAGCAUCACUCCUCUGCACUGUAUAUACACACAUAUCUAUAUCUAUAUAUAAAUGUAUACAUAUAUUUUCUGGUCGUUUCCGGGCAUGUGAAAAAGAGUUUCAAAAACUUAAUUGAUGUUUGGGGAUAAACCCAAUGAUCACUGUCCAUGUUUGGGACUAAAAUAAUAAUAAUAAUAUGUAAGAAAUAAAUACUUAUAUAAUAAUAAUUACAGUUUUGUGGUCUUUGGAUUAUAACAUGUGGUGGUUUAUUUAAAACAUUGAAUUUGAAUAUCGCUGCCAGCAUGCUGAAACAAAAUUAACAAAAAAGAGGAAAGUAUCCUAAAAAUAAUAAUGGGCACAACAGUUUUAUUAUUAUUAUUAUUAUUAUUAUUAUUAUUAUUAUUAUUAUUUUAAUGUUUUUAAAUUUUUUUUUUUUUUUACUGCAGAGUUGAAUUUGUUUUAUUAAAUAAUAAAAUGUAAUUUUAUUACAAAAUAAAGAAUGGUUACAACAAGGUAGAAACAAUAUGUUUUCUUUUCUUUGCUUAUAAAAGAUUGUUUUUGUGCCCUGUUAUUUUUGGGACAUCUCAUUUAUAUUUGAUACAUUCAAUUUUAUUUGAUUAUUUAAUAUUUAAUAAUCUGGACCAAACUCUUUGACUGGAUUUAGCCAACUGUAACUGCCCUGAGAGUUUCCUGACUCGGGUUCUGACACCAUCGUAUUUUUAACUUUUCGCCAUUGUGAGUUUUUUUUAAUUUUUUAUUCUUCCUACUGUAAAUGCAUUUGGGUUCUCAUUGCCGAGUCGCUGUACUGUUAAAUCUCCAGCAUCGAUUUUUACACCAGACUGGGCAAAAAUAAAUAAUAAAUAAAUCAUUGUAUUAGCUAAAGACAGUGAAUCUAGUCGUUGUUUGUGGCAUGAUUAUAAAAUAGUUUUUAACUGAUUACAAAAAAAAAAAUUUCAUUUUUACACUGACUGUCUUGCUGAUUUCUUCUUCUUCUCCUUCUUCUUCUUUAGUGUGCAGUAUUUGAGUAGCUAAUGGAACAGUAUUAAAGGAUAAAUAUCUUACUCGAUUGUAGUGUUUGACUUUCGUCCUAGCUUGAAUCAGAAGAUGAUCACUGAUGUUGCAUAUACAGUAUUCAGCAAUCUCUCUCUCUCUCUCUCUCUCUCUCUCAUGUCAGUCUUUUGUACUUUCACUAAGAAUGCUUUGUAGCUGGCUGUACAAUUAAUCAGUUUUUGUACAUAAAUGUGCCAAGAGCUUGACAGUGGCUUUUUUUUUUUUUUUUUUUUCAUUAUUUUCCUUUUUUUUCCAUCUUUGAAUUGUAGAAUUAAACUUGCUUGCAAAAAUAAAGACACUUGUGUACUUGUUAA